AAUUAAUACGUCGCACGUAGUACAGCAUGCACGUACAGUACAUAGUGCAGUAGGCCUACACUACAGUCGAGGUUAACGGUGAAUGUAUCCACUGAAGGCUAAAAAAAAGAUUUUUCUAAACGAAUACCAACAUCUGAGCUAUCUGAGGCACCAUGUAUAAUGGGGUUGGUCUAUCGACGGCCCGUGGUAGCGGUACCAAUGGCUAUGUCCAGCGAAACUUUGCCUUGGUCCGCAACCAGAAGCAGAAGGUGGACUACAAGUCUGAGGAAGAAAUACAGAAGGCUGAGGCCCUCCUCUACAGACCUCCAAACCAGGAGAUCCUUGCUCAUAAGAGAAAGCGACAAGUAGAACUCAAGUGUACAGAGAUGAAGGAGGUUAUGGAGGAACAAGGAACGUACAGCAAGGAGGAGAUCGAAAAGAAAGUGAUCGCUUUCCGGAAAAUGUUAUUUGAGAAGGAAGGAAUCUCUGACUUAGCAGGCAAAGCAACGCCUGAGAGGGCAACUUUGACAGGCACACAUGAGAUUGCAGAAGCUAAAGAGAAACAGAAUGCUAAACUAAGAGAAGCUUUUGGUAUCAAGGAUGGUUACGUUGAUGGCAGCUCAUUUGACCCAGAGAGAAGGGCUAAGGAAGCAGAAGCAAAGGCUAUGGCAGAGAAGAAAUAUGAAAUUUUAAGAGACCCAAGCCCAUCACCAUCCCCUCCUCCUAAAAAGAAGAAAAAGAAAAGUGGACACAGAAGCCGGUCUGAGAGUCACUCACCAGCAAGAAAAGAGAAGAAGAAAAAAUCACACAAGUCUAAGCAUAGCAGGAAAGACAAGAAGAGCAGUCACAAGAGUAAGGACAAGUCUGAUAAGCACAGAAGUAGCAAGAGAAGUCACCGUCAUCGGUCAAGAGACAAUAGUGAAUCAGAGUCGGGUCUAGAGUCUGCAGGAUCCUCACCGGAGAGAAGUCGCCGUUCACAUCACUCACGCUCUCCGGACUCCAAACAAAGUCACAAGAAGGAAGAAAAUGGCAAAAACGGCAAGAAAAGCAGAAGAUCAUACUCCUCCGAUUCAGACCGGUCAAGGAGCUACUCACGCUCUCCUGAGAGGAGGUCACGUAGAAGGUCAAGAUCUAGAAGCAGAAGGUCUCACAGCUACUCUAAGGAGCGGCGGCGCUCAAGGUCUCGUUCCCUCAGCUACUCCCCCUAUGAACGCCGCAAGUCAAGAAGCAAGAGCCCCUCUUCCAAGACCAAGGAGAAGAAUUUCUCACCAAUCCGCAAACGCCGUGAUUCUCCAAGCUUCCUAGACAGAAGGAGAAUCACAAGUGCAAGAAAGUUGCCGGUCCCGUACGACAGACCCGCAGCCAGCCCAGCACACUCGGACUCCUCCCUCUACAGCCAUGGGGAUCACAGGUCAUACAGCAGGUCACGCUCCAGAUCACAUGACAAGUCACAUGACAUCAGGUCACAUGACAAAUCCCCGGGAGGGACAUCCAUUCGGUGACUGGCAGUUAUGAUUGGUCAAGAAGGGAAAAUCUAUUCAGUGCAUUAAUAUUUCUUGAAAUGAUGACUAUUUAGGCAGAAAUAUCAUCUUAAAGUUGUAUUGUUUGCUUUGGUUGUAAACAUACAGUGGUAAUGAAAUUUAUUGUUCAACCAAAAAUAAAGUUUGGGCAAUACAGGAUAUAACAGUGCAAUGUAGAACAUUUAUUUAUACGGUAUUAAAGCCAUUCCAACUUUAUGAAAUUAGGGUCAGCAGAAUGUGUGUGUGAUAAUUACUUUUAGAGGAUGACAAGGGUAGUUUCUGAACAUUUGUUCACAUCAAACCCUUCUGUAUUAUAUGCUUGCUUUUGAAUUAUUAAAGUGCUUGAGUCAAAAUGUCAAAGACUAAGAGGACUGUAUUCUACUAAUACUGUUAAAUUUGACACUGGGUCUUUUGCCUCAGUCACACCUUUGUGUAUACGGCUUGUGUAUGGCUGCAUAUUUAUGGCAAGCCAUUUUAACAUUUAUUCCUAUUUCUUGAUACAGUCAAACCUGCUUUAGUGACCACCUGUCUACAAAGGACACCUGUGUACUAAGACUACUUUUUGUGUAUCCCUUGGGCGGUCGCUAUAGACCAGUUUGACCGUAUCAAGAAUUGAAUUCUUGUUAUCAAGAAAUGAUUUUCUGUUGAAAAGCAAUGGUAAUUCUUGAUAUCAAGAAUUCAUUUCUUAAUAUCAAGAAGUAGGAAUAAAUGUUAAAACAGCUUGCCAUAAAUAUGCAGCAAUACGCAAGCCAAAUACGCAAAGGUGUGACUGAGGCAUAAGAUCAUGUUUAACAAAAGGAUAACUUUAACCUCAGACUAACUUACUUUGUUAAACCUUAUUUUGAACAAAAGCCUAAACUCAGUGUCAGGUUAAAUUUCAGUAGAAUAUGGGCCAUAGAGUUAAAGAGAAGUGUACUAAGAAAAAGGAUAAUGGUAUUAGGUGCAUUGUAGAAUCCUAGACUGUUCAUGGACAAUGUUUGAAUAUAUCUUUCCAUACUGAUUAGAAUACUUUAUAGACAUUCCACUUUUUAUUUCACAUAUUUAUCCUGACCUGCAUUGUAAUGAUCCUAGUAAAAAAAUUUCCAGCUCCAUAUGCUGGAUUUAAAUAAACAAAAAGUUCUUUGUUGGAAAGAGUUUGAUUCUUCUCUCCUUUUCAUGACCAAUCAUAACUGCCUACCUUGCCAUAUUUCCCGGUGAAUGCGUAAUCAUUUUAUUGCUCUAUAACAAUUAUAUCUCUGUUUAUCAGGAUUGCAAGGGCCUAUUUCAGGAUUUUCUCUCUACUGGUAUAUACUGUAUAUAUCAGUCAUAAAUGGAAAGGAAUUGUACAUGUAGGUAUUCAUUCUUCAACUUUCUGUUCUCUUUAUUUUUAUACUCGAGAAUCUAAGCAAUUUUGUUCUCUACUUUACUUCUUCAAAAGUCAGGGCUCCAUACUCACUUUUUGGAACGAGGUGCGAAUUGAGUCUGUAUGCCCUGUUGCAUUCAGCUUAGCUUUGAUGGUAACUUCCAUGGCAACCUUGAUUUGAUUGGCUGUUGAGUGAUACUGCAAUGGUAAUUCAUAUUGAUGGCAAAGGUACCAUCAGUACGUGGUAAGCUUUCUGCAACAGAGUCCUGGACAUACAUUUUUGUGCACUAAUGUGUCUAUUAGUUGUGAACCCUGAUAACUUUUCCUUUACUUUAAUAGAGCCCAAAUCCACCGAUAAGCAGAAAUGUUAAUUUUUUAUUGCAAGUGUGUGCUGUGGCUGUUGACUAUUAGUAUUAUGUAUUCCUGCUUUUAUAGGAAUUGUACAUGUUUGUAUUUAAAGAAGACUUUUUAAAAACUUGGAAACUGUGUGUGGCUCCAAUCUUUAAGAGCUGCCAGAGAAACUUCAACAUUGAGUCGAUUGAGAAACCCAAGUAAUGUAUAAACAGCAUGUAUGAAGUAUAUCAUGAACACAGGCCAUGAUGUGAAUAAUGUCCAAACUAUUUUUUAUCUGCAUAGAAUAGUGCAAAGUGCCACUACAUACAUGUUUACUGCAACAAAUAUGAAUAUGCCAAUCUUAGGAUUGAUGUGAACUGACUUGACUUAUCCAGUAUGGAAAAUCCACAUAAUGUUUAGCUUUUUGUUGCCUCAUUCACUGUUACAUUUAACUGCACAUAAUUCCCAGGUGCUAUGGGGUAAUUUUUUAAGAUGUUGGUGCCAAGAAAUUCCUUACUUAAUAUAGGACACUCAACAAGUUUUUAAUGCAUGGAUCUCUAUGUCCAAGAAGAAAUGGAAGAAAAGUGACAAAAUCAGGAAGCUUUACUUCAUCCCUAUGAUGCCAUCUUUUGCUCAAUUUGCAGGAAAUAAAUCUUAGCAGUAAACAUGUAUUUACUGGCUAGCAAAUGAUUAUUCAGAUUUGAAGUUGGCCAAUUUCUGCCUCCCUAGUGUUCAUUGUGUACCGGUAUGUAUCAUAUUUUAAAUUAAUUUUAGUUGUAACUUUUCCCUUGCCUGUUUCUCUUUUUUAAAUUUAAUUUUUACAUUACGUCUCUUUAUAUCCAGUGCUGAUAUUGAUGAUUUGUAAAUUGUAAAUAUCUUCUUUAUUUUAAUAGCCAAUCAUGGUUAAAAAGAAGAAAUAUAUAACCUCUUGAUGCAGUCAGACUUAUGUUCCUGAGCAAUGCUAAGUAAUUUUAUCAAUGUCAAUAGUAUUCAUCCAAGAUGAGAGAAAGAAGACAGUACAGAGUUUAAGUGGUUCUUAGCAUCUGGGGAUAUGUUCUGAUGAGAUUUUAUCAGGCCUCACUGAAUUAAAUCCUUUCCCUACAUGUCGUGGAGGAGAGCAACAAAAGACAAAAUACUUUAAAAAUCUUCCAAGCUGACAGAUUUUUUCUUGUUUUCUGAAGCUUUACUUGACCGAUUUAAUAAUUGUCUGAUUUAAUAUUUCUUUUAUCAAAACAAGAGCACAGUUCAGUGAUUAUUAGAAGUUUUAACCUGUUAAAUACUAGAUUUUCGCAUAGGCUUAAGACAUGAACCAACCCAGUUUCUGUAUGCAAUAUGGGUUAGUAUGGUUUGCAGUACUUUAAAUAAUUGGAAUUAGGAAAACAUUACAUCCCAUGAUGUUUCUCUGUGUAGUACAAAUAUAUGCAAGAAAUAACUCUUCCCAUAUUCACUAGUUUAUAUUUUGAAUACAGACUCUUUAUUAUGAGAAUGGAUGGAGACAUAACAAAACUCUAUUUUACUAAGCCAAACAUUUCCCCAAGGACUCAGUUUUUUAAUGUGUGUGUCUAAUUCAUAGGUCACUUAAAGAGAAAAUAUGUGUUGUUCUUACACUGUAUCUUUUAUGCAGUGCUACCUACAAUGCACACCUAAAAAUAACAUAAUUUAAGAUUUGAAAAUAAGCGUUCAUUGUAUUGAAAUGUAAGGGCACUACAUCAGCUGUGUAGUGCCUUAAACAGCUGUGGGCAAAAAAACUACCAUUUCAUUAGUAAAUGGAUACAGAAUUGACCGAUUUAAUAUUUCUUUUAUCAAAACAAGACGACAAGUACUUUGAUUGAUAUUAUUAUUCUUGUUUUGUGGAUCUUAUUUCACAUUCUAAAUAGCAAAACAGAUUGUGAAUCAACUUCAGAAUAUAAGUUUGAAUGCACUUAGAUAGCUAACAAUGUGUGAAAAUGAAAUAUCACGUGAUAAAUCAGUUUGUUCAUUAAAAAUCUUCAAAAAUGUAGUAUGUGUCUUGGAACUAUUUGGCUUUAUGUACGACUUGAAUAUUAAACAUGCAUUUAGGUAUUUAUUAUUGUGCUGUUGAUGAAUAUACCGUUGCAAGUAUUGUUCUGUUGUGUUCAUUUUCUAUAUAACGGAAGGGGUGAGAAAGAGAAUACUAAAAUAAAAAAUAGUAUACAAAAAUAAUAAAGUAAAUAAAACCAUUCACCAUUUCUUACA